AGGAAGUGCAGCAGCAAGUUCGUCUUUAAGUAGGGUGAUAAAGUUGGUGAGUCAACGGAUAAAAAUGUUGAGUGAUGAUGGUGAUUGUGAUGGUGGACCUAGUACAUCGAGGUAUGAGUGGGGAUUUGCAUUCGAUCCCCCUGUUGUUGGAGACAAUUUAGGUCCUGAAAGCUCUGCGGCGGGAAACUUGGAAACCAUAUCAGGAAGCUUAGGAAGCUUGUCGCGAACAAAAGGAUCAUCAAAAGUGAAGAAGAGUAGGAGGAAGCGGGUUACAAGAGCCAGUGCAAGGAUACGUGAUAAGGAAUUUAAUGUUCAACUUAUACCUAGAGAGUAUCCAAACUUCAAGUCAAAGCUAAUGAAGUUUAUUUAUGAUGAAAAACCGGACGCCAAUGCGGAAGAAGUCGUAAUGGUAAAAUGUGGGACAUUGGUUGCUACCUUAGAAGAAUGCAAGACAGUGCUUGGUGGCACACAAUGCGUUCACGAGAAUUACGUAAGGGUGGCUGGUGCAAUGUAUACGCGCAUGUGGCGGAGGAAAUUUGGAAACUCUAGUAUACGUUUUAUGAUCGAUCCUACAUUUGCGGUAAGGUUUUAUUAUUAGAUCAAUGCAAUAUUA